UUAGAGUUGUAUCGUGGAGUUUUUGAAGCCCUUAAAGAAAAGCAAUGGAUGUCCGCUGUUUACCACUCUUUCUGCUCCUUGGACCAGCUGUCCUGGUUCGGUGUUCCAAUCACGAAACUCGCCUGGUUUCAGAUUUGUUCAGUAAAUAUAACAGGGUUGUUCGCCCAGUCAGCAACCAUCGUGAUCCUGUUAGAGUCACUGUUGGCCUGCAGCUUAUCCAGCUGAUCAAUGUGGAUGAAGUAAACCAAAUUGUAACAACCAAUGUGCGCUUGAAACAGCAAUGGAUGGAUGUAAAUUUGAAAUGGAACCCAGAAGAUUAUGGGGGUGUGAAACAAAUCCGCAUCCCAUCAGAAGAUAUCUGGCGCCCAGACUUAGUUUUAUAUAACAAUGCAGAUGGUGAUUUUGCGAUUAAUAAAUUUACCAAAAUCCUUCUGAACUAUACAGGCCACAUUACAUGGACACCUCCAGCCAUCUUUAAAAGUUACUGUGAAAUCAUAGUCACACAUUUUCCAUUUGAUGAGCAAAACUGCAGCAUGAAGUUGGGCACAUGGACCUACGAUGGCACCGUGGUUAUCAUUAACCCGGAAAGUGAUCGCCCAGACCUGAGUAGCUACAUGGGGAGUGGAGAGUGGAUCAUGAAAGACUAUCGAGGCUGGAAACAUGAGGUUACCUAUGCCUGCUGCCCUGACCUUCCAUACCUGGAUAUCACCUACCAUUUUGUGAUGUUGCGUUUGCCUCUCUACUUCAUUGUCAAUGUCAUCAUUCCUUGCCUCCUCUUCUCAUUCUUAACAGGAUUAGUGUUUUAUCUGCCUACAGAUUCAGGUGAGAAGAUGACCCUGAGCAUCUCUGUCCUGCUUUCUUUGACUGUGUUCCUCCUGGUCAUUGUGGAGCUGAUCCCCUCCACCUCCAGCGCAGUACCACUGAUCGGCAAAUACAUGUUGUUUACCAUGGUGUUUGUAAUCGCCUCCAUCAUCAUCACCGUGAUUGUGAUCAACACCCACCACCGCUCUCCAAGUACCCAUACUAUGCCGCAGUGGGUGAGGAAGAUUUUUAUUGACACAAUUCCAAACCUCAUGUUUUUCUCAACAAUGAAGCGGCCCUCCAAAAACAAGCAGGAGAAAAAGAUUUUUACUGAAGACAUCGAUAUUUCUGAAAUCUCUGGAAAACAAGGUCCGACUGCAGUGAAUUUCCAGUCAUCGCUCAUCAAAAACCCAGAUGUUAAAAGUGCUAUCGAGGGCAUCAAAUACAUCGCUGAAACAAUGAAGUCAGAUCAAGAGUCCAACAAUGCUGCAGAAGAAUGGAAGUUUGUUGCCAUGGUGGUUGACCACCUUCUCCUUGGCAUCUUUAUGUUAGUUUGCAUCAUUGGAACGCUGGGUGUUUUUGCAGGUCGCCUCAUUGAAUUACACCAGCAAGGCUGAAAACAGGAAGCCCUGAGAGAUGGCUUGGAUCCUCAAGCAAAUGAACUUCGGAAACUUUACAGAAGGAAAGUUUCUCACUUCUCCUUCCUUUUGCAAAAAUCUUUCAAGAUCUUCAGAGCCAGGAGGACAAGCCACAGACCUUUCUUCAAUGAAAGCCUUACAUUUACUUAUAGCAUGAACUAGCUUAAACUGGUGUCCUUAUAUUUUAAUGUUGCCAUUCUGUAUCCUUUCCUUUAAUAUUUCAUAAGAAAUAACUCUGAACAUCACAUUUAAAAUAUUGUUUGAUUCAUUGCUAUUGAUACAGGAAUUCACACAUUGAAUAUUGAAGAACAUAAUUUCAGCAUCACCUCUGCAGCUUGCUGAAAAGAAAUUGGAAUAUUUAUUGUUGUUAAAUCACUAAAUGGAUGUGCCAAAGAGAA